AUGGGCUCGGAGCUGGAGACUGCUAUGGAAUCCCUCAUCAAAGUAUUCCACACCCAUUCUGGCAAGGAAGGUGAUAAAUAUAAACUGAGCAAGAAGGAGCUGAAGGAGCUACUGCAGGCUGAGCUUUCUGGCUUCCUGGAUACCCAGAAGGAUGCAGACGCAGUGGACAAGGUCAUGAAGGAGCUGGAUGAGAAUGGGGAUGGUGAAGUUGACUUCCAGGAGUAUGUGGUGCUGGUGGCCUGCAACAACUUCUUCUGGGAGAACAGUUGA